AUGGAAACUCUGCGAAUGACGCACUGGGGUGCUGUGUUAACGUCCGCAGCGCCGGGAAUUAAGGAGCGCCCGCCUCCUUCAAAAGUGGGACCUACUAGCCGCUUGGACCAGUACAGACUCUUGUCCGAAAUCAAACUUCCACGGAAUGAAAAGAAUGACGAUAUUGAACAAAAAAAUGUACACCCGAAUGCUCGUACGAAAGGUACAGUUAAAAAAAAUGUUUUUUCCCACGUACCAAAAAAAGUGCGUCAAUGUCCUUGAUAGGAUAUCAAGACAGCGUCAGUUAUUAAUUAAGAAAAUGACGUUUAUAACGCAAAGAAAGUAACAAAAAAACGGAGUUUAUUAAUUUAAUAGUACCAAACUAAAGUGAUUCCGUUAAUAUUUGAGCGCGCGCUCAUGACACGCACUCAUGACGAGACAUUGUAGAACAGAAGCAUCACUAUGGUAACUGAAAGUGUUUAUUCUCUAGUUGAGAGUUGUCACAAAACUGAGUUGCACUUUUGCGAAAGUUAAGCUAAGUUUUUCUUGUGCGGAAUUUUAAUAGAUAGGUAAGUAACUAUUUAGGAAGCCGCGGUAAGAUUAUUUUGAUCUGAAUAUUUAAUAGUAUUGUCGGAAAAAAGAAAAAAAAAAGGGAAAAAAAAGUUUUCGCUUUUUUUGCGCGUCCAGGAAGUGUUCGAUAAGCCCAUCCUGUUGCAUAUUUUUACCCUUUUCGCCUUUUUUUCAACAUUUUUUUGUUAAAUAACAUUUAAAAUGAUUCUUUUUACAUUAGUUGUGGUAAGUCUUAGAAGUGAUAAAAGUUAUUUUCUAAUUUUUGGUAUUUUCUCUUGUAUUCUCUUUUAGCGAAAACAUGGCAUCGUGGAACCCUUUUGGUCAAAGUUACAGUAUCUUUCCCCAUCAGACUGGUAAGAACUCUUGCAUUUUUAUAACAGAGGCAGAAAAUUUUCUUUUCUUUCUAAAUUUUUUUCGUUUGGCGAUACGAAUUUUUCUUCCAGUUCGAAGUUUUUUUUCUUUACGAAUUGGCAGAUCGGUACUCGGUAGUCAGUUUAGUCUAAGCUCAUUGUUUUAUACGUACAUGUGUCGGUGUGUCUUGGCCUCUAUACAACAGCCACCUUCCCUCAAACAGAAUCUUUUCCUGAUUCGGAGAGAGGGAAGCUUGGAACAAGUGAAGUUUGUCUUUUAGUUUACCAAUUUAGAUCUAGAGUUGGGAAAAACUCAGACAUUAUUUUAAAAAUUCUAAUGUAGAAAAACUGUAUUUUAUUCUUCAAUAAAGCUUCUAAUGAUGAUGAUGGUGAUUCUUGGAAGAUUGAGUUGCCCGGCGGAGGAUUUAUUCAGAAACCUGGGAGCGAGUUAAAUCCAUUUACUGAUGAGCCCCAAAUGGCGAAUGAGGACUUUGAGUCACCCGAGGUAAGCAUGCCAGGAACGUUCUUUUCUACCUCUAGGGUCACCAGUAGGUUUUUCGGGAAGCGGCAUAGCCCUUUUUGAAGGAGGGGAUCCGAGAUUUUAAAGCAAAACGAAGGCGUGAUUUGAGAUGAAAAAUAUGCUCUGGACGGACACGGAAUGCCUAAAAUAACAAUAGGAUUGAGCGAAAAUUUGGGUCGGGAUGUCUUCAUUAAAGAACCUUAAGACCCUUUGCAGUCAAGUCUCUCUUAACGGACACCUCUAUAAGACGGACACCUCGCUAAAACGAAAACCAACAGUGUCGGAGCCAGAACUUUAGAUAAGUUGGGCGGGGUCAUCCAGACCCUGAGAUAAGAGGGGGCCGGUCUCAAAAAGUUUCUUUUCGGCCCUUCGGGCCUCGGUUUGGUCUAAAAUUAAGUGGGAGCCGAGCCUCAUAUCUUAAAAUAAAACUUUGUUAAAACUUAAAUUGUCUAAAAAUAACUUUGGUGAAAUUCACAGAUCCCAAGGGGCUGGACUGGACGUUUUCCUCUUUGUCUCAUUAUUCCCUAUUGAUUUCAUCCUUUCGAUUCCUUCCUGACUCCUUCCUGACUGAUAACUGUUUUACAGGAAAGAGAGGCUCUAAUGGCAGAGCUGGACGAACUGUUGGAAGAGCGAGCAACGAAGGAGAAAACCCUUCGCGAACUGCAGGACAAAGAAGUUACCUUAAGAAGGGACCUUAACGAUUUAAACAGAGAACUAGAUUUACAAUCUUCAGAGCUCCACACACUCAUGGAAACCGUGUGCGCGAAAAGAACUGCGAUGGAAAAGAGGAUUAGAGAAAAGCAAAAACGCGUGGAGGAGCUCCGAGAAGAAUUCUCCGUUGUCGUGAGAGAUGAACGGCGAAAUGCCAGCUACAGGAUAAUAGCGAAUGAGAGCCGCUUCCUGAAAAGGAGAAUUUCCCAGCAGAAAGAAGUGAGGAAUUCUCUUCGAAAGCAGGUGGACGAAAUUCGCGAUCAUAAGAAAAUGGUGAAGAUAAGAUGCAAAAUGAUGGUUAGCGAAGAGCGAGCAUUGUGGAUGAGCAUCAGCGAGAGAGUGAAGAGGAUGGCUGAAAAUGAUCACCCACUUGAUGUUGGACACACUAUGGUUAGUACAACAGCUUUGAUAAUAAUAUUAUUAGUUAUAAUAAUAUUGCUGAUAGUGAUAACGAUAAUGAUAAUGACAAUAAUGGUGAUGAUGAUGAUGAUGAUGAUGAUGAUGAUGAUGAUGAUGAUGAUGAUAACUGGAGGGAAUAAUGAUAUUUAUCCAGGGAGCCAACUCGCCUAUAAUUAGUUUUCGGUGGGGCUCUGCAAAUAAUCGACGACAACAUGAAUGAAAUACAUGCCUAUCACCAAUCUAUAAAUGAAAAACUAAAGAGGUACUUUUUUGGGCUGGGGGACUUACGAUAGUAGAAUGAAGGUACAACUUAGAAAACUCCGGGGGUCGUUCUACUUUGCUUUUAAGUUCAUUAGCAAGAAUUGUACGCGGACCAAAUAGUUUAAUUAAAUAGCUGAUCAGUGUACGAGAAUCAAACAAACAAUCACAAUGUAUUAAACUCCUCAAAAACCGGACAACAAGAAACACUUGUGAAGGGAGAGUAAGUCGUUUUAAGAAAACGCCAUGAACAGUACUAUCACACCUGCACUGUUAAUACACUUGAACCUCUCCGGCCACCUUGGGGACAGAAGAAAGUAGCUGUUGUGGAGAGGUGACCGUGGUAGAGAGACUGUACAAGAGCCAAUGUAUGGACGACUGUCCGCCAAAAAAAGUGGCAGUUGUAGAGAGGUGGCAGUUGGAGUGGAGGUUCGACUGAAUUUCAACCGUACCGUUGUUAGUGUCUCAUUUAUACAAAAAGACUGGAUAAGGACCUACGUGAAUACCAUUGCAGGGCUGGCUGUGCUCUAGAAAGCCCAGAGGCUUCUGUUUACAACAUUUUGCUCCCUUGCAUCAUUGCGCAUAGUACUGUGAAAGCUACACAAUGUCUUAUGAGUAGGUUUCGUUCCAAUAUUGAGUUUGUUUAGCUAUGCCAACGUCAUACAGUCGAACCUUCACAAACGGCCACCUUUCUACUGAAACGGCCUCUAUUUUUUGGCGGACAGUCCAAGUAUUGACUCUUCUACACUACUCUCUCUACAACGACCACCCCCCUAUAACAGCUAUUUCUUCUGGCCCAAGGUGACCGUUGUACAAAGGCUCAACUGUAUUGACUCACAAAUUCCCAGACGUUUCAUCGACACCGCCGCCCCACUGAUGAAUUUUUUCCUAGUUACAAAGCCAACUUCGCCUGAUGGGCACCUUUGUCAAGUAAUGUGAACAAAAUUUAGAUGUGAUAAUUCCUUGUCUUUAUAGGCUGGCAGUACCAGCACAAAGGGCGAAAAAUCAAACGAGGGGAGUUCUUCCAACACCUCGAACCUCAACGGAGCCAACAAAGAGGAGACUGUAGGUGAUUCAAAUACAGGUAAAUCUAGAGAUUUACGUGGGACCGUAGAACGUUUUGCGUUUAUAUUUUUUAUUUCAAUUGGUUUAUAUUGCACGCAUACUGAUUCAAAGCUGGAAAAGUUAACGUUCUUGUUCAUUUGUUCAGGAGAUGGAACCAAGACACCUAGCAACACUAGUUCCCAAUCCGCAGCAACUUGCGUGGAAAUAACCAAACCUGAAGUAAGUAAUCAUUUCGCUUUUUCUACGUAAUUUUUUGCCUAUAAGUAGAAUGCUUCAAAAUCCAAUUGCUCAAAGCCAUUCUUUUGUAUCUUUUUAGCAAAGUCUUUUUACCUCCCUAGGUGAUCCACAUUAGUUAUGGCAUUCACGGACUAAUGCACAGUAACCGCCCCAUAAGAGAGAGCAAUAUUGGCCAAUAUUUUCUCCAUGGGAUGUACGCCCCUUUGUACAGCUACUUUCUUAUGCUCAUAGCAGAGAAAAUGCCAUUAUUUUGCUUCACUCUGAUGAUAAAUAAGAAUAGCAACGAUCGAAUUCACAUGCAAACGUUUGCCAAAACGUUUUUAAGUCAUGUGCGGUUAAUUGACGUAAGGUAACUUGUUUGCAUACCAAUCAAUUAUUUUUCUUUUCUUUAUAGGCCAGAAGCUGUUCCGAAAUUAAAGCAGAAAUUUCUCCUACGAAAACUGAGCAGUCCGCACAGACGAGUUCUUCAUCAAGUGCUAGAGAUCAGACAAAUCCUAAAGGAAGCGUCAAAGAGGAACUUGAUGAUACUAAACUUAGAGGCAAACAUGGUAUUGUUUUUACUGUGAUUCAGUUAGUAUUGUAUUUCCUUAAUUAAGCGCCCGCGAAUAACGGCUAGAAAGGGGGUGCUUAUUGGAAGGAGGGCGUUUAAUCAAAAGGGGCGCUUGUUUAAUUUUCAUUUGACCGAAGUGUAUCUUUGUUUCGGAAAAUUAAUAGUUUUUCGUUGGCUUAAACAGUGGUUGUAAUUAAGUGUAAAGUAGUCCCAUCAAACACCUCAUUCUGACAAACGUAUCGGACGGGGAUACAUGUUGACAAAAUAUUAUCUCAUCAUCAUCGAGAUCAUCCUCGUUAAUGAUAUGCAAAUCUUCGCCUUCCCCUUGUAUCCCUACCAUUUAAGAAAGUGAUGGGAAGGGAGGGUGGGGUGCUUGUUUGACACCCGUAACACAGCCCGUUUAAUGCUGGACCCAAGUGCCCAGUGCAGUGGCUGUCCAGGGGAUGGGGCCUGGUUCCCCUUAUUUUUGGACCAAACUGAGGCCCGAAGGGCGGAAAAUUUUUUUUUAAAGACCGGCCCCUUCUUUUCUCAGGGUCUAGAUGACCCCCACCCCCCACCCCGCUUAUCUGAAGGCCUGGAUCCGCCACUGCAGUGUCGAAGUAAGAAAGUCUCACAAACCCACCAAGACCUAGAAAAAGAUUUCUGUUCAUUCUUUUUAGCGCUUUCACGUUGGCGAGAGAGUAGGGAACUUAAGCAACGACGACGGCAACGUCAACGAGAAAGGCAAAAAAAGCAAUCGGUUUAGACUGGCAAAACAACAGCCCUGCACGUGAAUCACGCUGUUGUGUACGUUCUUUGCCGUCCGAAAAACCUAAUUUCACGUCUUUUGGAGGACGGGAACUCAAGACAACGCCACUUUCUUUUUCUUUUCCUGAACUUCUAUUCAGUCUUUUGGAAUUCAACUCCAGAGAAAAUUGUCAACAUUUGAUCAAUUAAACAAGAUGAAAUAAGCGCGAAAAAAAUUGAAGCAGCGCGGCUUCCCUUUUUAACUAUUAUGGCCUAACGGGUGGAGCGCUUAUUCGAGGGAGGCCGUUUAUUAGAGCGUGGGCGCUUAUUCAAGGAAAUACCUAGCUAGUCUUUUCUACAGUUGUUACACAUGAUUUUUUCCUUCAAGACAGUGAGACCUAGUGUGCUAAAUAAAAAUGCUUGCGUGGGAUCAUUUUGCAACGGUGCUGAGGAACGUUUAUUUUGUUCUAGACUACCAGGAAGGCCUACUGUACCGUGAAUCUUUGCGGAUGGAUUUACCCGGAGGGCCCUGGACAGAGUCGUGUUCAACAACAAGUGCGAGCAGCAGUGAGUCUGAGGACGGUGGUAAACAAGUAAGAUGACUGAAAGAAAACUUCUUGUCAUUAUCAAACUUUAAAUUACAAUUGCGCAGUGUCACCACGGUAUUGCUGAAUAAGGUCAAUUUUGUGCUGAAAACAGUCAUUACUUAGGGCCUUAACAAUAGUCCUGUAGGGUUAAGCUCCGAGCAAACAGACGCAACACUGUUAGCCAACAACCCCAACAUUGUUGGAUGUUACAUGUUGCGUCCGUUUGCACACGCUGUUGCAUGUUGUUGCGUGUUGUCGAUAGUUGCUGCCGAAGUUUGAAACUGGUCGAACUUUUAUGCCACUUGCAAACGGACGCAACAAUGUUGCGUUAUGAAGUUAUGAAUUUCAUCGUCGAGCACUAACUACAAUAACUUUUUGCGCGAUUUUUGCUGGUCAAAUUUGAAGGCAUAGCAUUAAAAAUUGAAAUAGUUGGUUUCAAUCCAUGUCCAUCCUUGCCAUCCUUUGCAACAGACGACAGGAAACAAAUUCAAUACCUAAAUAUAGCCUUGAAAAACAAAACUAAACCAUUAUUGUGGAAUCUAACUGACGAUAAAAAAGUUUAGCUUUUUAAAAACAUAGCAAUCAGCGUGUCAUAGCCCCUUUAAGUCAACUACAGAUCGGAGCUACCUCGUCUCCAGGGUCUUCUCUUUUUCAGAUCCUAGGCAUGAUCCUGGGAGCUACUUAAGCUACGUGUAAACGGACGCAAAAAUUUCAAACAUUGUUGGCUCAACAAUGUUCAAAGUUGUUGCGUCCGUUUACACGUAGCUUUACGUUUGACAGCAGUUUCAAACUUUGUGCAACAACUCCCAACAACAUGCACCAGGGUGUGCAAACGGACGGCGCAACACGUAACAUACAACAAUGUUGGGAGUUCUUUGCCGACAACGUUGCGUCCGUUUGCAAGGGUCUUUACUUGUCAAAUUCAAAAUGAGAUAAGGCGCCUCAAAGUAGUUUACACCAGCUAAGGUAGCUUUAAAUAGCGUUGCCAUUGUAAAAUAACGCUAUACAAGAGACAGAAAGCUCUAAGGAAUAGACAGCAGCUAACCCACACUGUUUCUGCGACAUCAACUAAAACCCAAAACAUAUAUAUGAUCUGGCCCAGUGUUAAUUGCACCCGCUAAACAAACCCUAUAAUUUGUAUUGCAGAUUACUGUGAAAGUUGACGUCCAUCGUCCAUUUAAAAAGAGAAAAAUUACACUUGGCUUCUUAAAGCAACUACCCUUACAACGACAACAGACUACUGAAGAAGCGGAGAAAAUCGAGGUUGCUCCGGUAAAAGAAACUUACAGAGCUUGCAAUGUCAAAGAAAGCCGCCAAAAGGUACUGUAUAAUAUAAAUUCUAAAUUUUUACUCCCCUACAGUUAGAUCUCACUAAAGAGGCAUUUUAUGUGUUUUCUUUCAGGGAGGAUUCUUUGGCAGGCUCUGGCGAAGACUAAAGAAGAGUUCUAACAUGAAAUGA